AUAUUAGGAGUCAUUUAGUUUCUAGAAUUUGAAAGUGGCAAUCAAUGAGCAUAUUUUAUUUAACAUCAAAUGUAUUGAAUGAAGUUUCUUUGUGCACAGAGCAUUACUAUUACGAUGACACGCACUUGGAGGAGUUGCCCAAAAGCAGAUGAUAAUUGAAUGUAUAGCACGAAAAAAUCAGAGUUGCUAUUUUUGCCUUUCAACUAACAGCGUAGUUUGGGGGCGAAUUCGUGUUAGAGAUCUUCAUCCUAACCGUUCCGUACAGAUACCAUGAAGACUGGUAUAUCGUACACAUAUCACUAGGUAUAGCUCGUGGGGUAAACAAUGGUGUGACUUUUUUAAAAAAAUAUAUCGUCGUCCACAAACAUUUUAAGUCCAAAAAAGACAACAUUUCCCCUAUUACUUUUCCUUUGUACAAUUAUCUGUAAACCUUCAGUUAUAGUAUUAGCUAGAAGCAGAAUUAUCUUUUUUGUUAUCCUUCCCAUAACAUUCACUAAUCCACUUUUCUUCAUUGAAGUUGGCCAGCCUUAUCUUCCAGUCCUUGUAAGAUUCGGCAUCGAGCCUGACUUUUUUGAAGUUGACUUUUUACUGUUUAUGUUUAGUUUUGACGUUCUUUGCUUGUCUGCGUCUUUGAAGGUUGAUGAGACUUCGGCAGCAAGAACCGUGUAGAAUAUCAUUUCAUAUUUGCUAUACUAAUUCAAGUGCAAUAUGGUCCGUUGAUCAGGAGCAGAACGAGGUGUCACUCAACAUUGACGAUGGGAUUGUUAAGGGUCUAAAGAUCCGACGGGAAUCGAUCUCGAUUCUCUCCCCUUAUUUACUCAGAGAACUUCAGUUCAGUGUUGCUUUAGGAAGUGCCACCGCACGUGGCGCCAGGUAGGAGGAACUCACUGAGAAACAUUAUUUACGAUUGAGAAACAGUUAA